AUCCUAAUUAUUAAUGGUCACCAUUAUUAAUUUUGGUGUGAAAUUUUGGUGUAAAAAAACAUCAUUUAUGUGAUUUUGUAGCAAAACAACGUUGUAUUGUGCAACUGUAGCUGCACGCAGCCACAGAAGACCACUCCUGAGAACAAGGUCAGAGACGAGUUCCACAAUUCAAUUCAACUUUCUUCCAUCGAUUCAAACUCCAAAUCAAAAGUUACAAUGAAACCAAACACUACAACUAGUUACUACUGUUUAUUCUUCAUAAUCUCUCUACUUUCUAUUCAAUUUCAAGCUUCUUUGGGAUCUACUAAGAAAACCGAUGAAGCAUACGUAACUCUAUUAUACGGAGAUGAAUUCUUAUUGGGCGUUCGAGUUCUUGGCAAAUCAAUACGCAACACUCGAUCCACCAAAGAUAUGGUUGUAUUAGUCUCAGAUGGAGUUUCUGAUUUCGCCAAAAAACUUCUCCUUGCUGAUGGUUGGAUAGUUGAGCAGAUUAGUUUACUUGCUAAUCCUAAUCGUGUUCGUCCGAAGCGAUUUUGGGGUGUUUACACAAAGUUGAGAAUUUUUAACAUGACCAAUUAUAAAAAAGUUGUUUACCUCGAUGCGGAUACUAUUGUGGUUAAAAAUAUUGACGAUCUUUUCAAAUGUCGGAAAUUUUGUGCUAAUUUGAAGCAUUCUGAGAGGUUGAAUUCAGGAGUUAUGGUGGUGGAGCCGUCUGAAACCAUUUUCAAUGACAUGGUGAACAAAAUUAAAACCACGGCAUCUUACACUGGAGGAGAUCAAGGAUUUCUUAAUUCCUAUUUCCCUGGGUUUCCCAAUGCACAUCUUUUUGACCCAAACUUGUCCCCGGAGGCGUUGAAAUCCAGACCUACUCCUGAAAUGGAGAGACUGUCAACGCUGUAUAAUGCAGAUGUUGGUCUUUACAUGCUCGCUAACAAGUGGAUGGUAGAUGAGAAAGAGCUCCGUGUGAUUCACUAUACACUGGGACCCCUUAAGCCUUGGGAUUGGUGGACAUCUUGGCUUUUGAAACCUGUUGAUGUCUGGCAGGAUGUAAGGGAAAAGCUUGGGGAAUCUCUUCCUGGAACAAGAGGCGGCCAAAAUCCUAAUGACUAUUUUCUUGUGAAAUUUCUCUUUCUGCUACCAUUCUGUGCUUUACUAUUCAGCUGUUAUCUUUCAUUUAUGAAGAAUCGAGAAUACUUCGGUUCAUUUUGUAGAGGCUCACCGUUUAAUCAAUUCAGGCAACUUUAUUAUAAGAUUAGAUCAAGCGGACCACUUGCAUACACAACUAUUUCAACAUCAGCCAAUUCAAUCCACCAGCUCUCAAAUGGUUCUCAGUGCAAGGUUCCUACCUAUUUGGGCGGUAUUUCUGUCUGUGUCUGUUUAACGGCUGCAGUGGUGUCUCUUGGACUAGGUCUCUUGAUUGUUCCUCGGCAAGUGAUGCCAUGGACUGGUUUGCUUUUGAUGUAUGAAUGGACAUUCACAGUGUUUAUUAUAUUAUUUGGAGGUUAUCUUCAUUUGAUUUAUCGGUGGGGAAAAUAUGUGGCAUCACGAGCAGCAUCCUCGUCACUUCCCGAAUCUUUGGAUUAUGAUUCUGGAAAACGUCAUCAGAGACAGAUCUCAUCGUGUGAUGUUGCUACAUGGUACUAUGGUUUAGGGAUGGCCUUGUUGGCCAUUGGUGCUCCAUCUUUGCCUUGUCUUUUUGGAAUAACUGCCUUGUUUUUAAGAUUAGGUUUGAUGGUUGUUGGGGGCAUCAUAUUGGCAUCUUUCAUGACAUAUGCUUCAGAACAUCUUGCUAUCCGAUCAUUUCUAAAAGGCCUUGAUGAGACGGAUAAUACUCCAAAUAGGAGCUUAUGUUUCUUAUGUUGAUUUUUGUAACGAUAGGAAGUGGUGAUGUAAACUACGGUCGAUAUUUUCUUCAUUUUUACAUCUUACAGCCUAAACAUAGUAUUGUUCUAGUGGAAGAUGUAAAUAAGGAAUUUUUGUGUAUCUAACAUUGUACUAGUAGUAUUUGCUUAGGUCUUGUUGUAAUAUUAUUGUUAUUAUUCUUUCAAAACAGCUAACUUUUCAUGA